AUGAAUUAUGUGAGGGUGAAAAGUUUUCUUCUUGCUGCCGAACGCACUGCCAAUCCUCCAUUACAGAAUCCAAUAGUACUUGCUCCUACGAACACUCGUAAUACUGACCAGUUUAGUUCAAGAAUCAAACUCCCUGAAGUCAAACUACCUUCGUUUGAUGGAUCCCUUACAGAGUGGCUCACGUUUCGGGACACUUUUAAAAGCUUGAUCGAUUCCAAUCCACAGCUGUCGGAUAUCGAUAAGUUUCCUUACCUGGUCGCAUCACUUUCGAAGGAAGCGAAACGAGUUGUCGAAUCAAUUGAAAUUACUUCAGCAAAUUAUUCCGUGGCCUGGGACUUGCUGAAACGCCGUUUCGACAAUAAAAAGCUGGUGAUCAAAACAUAUCUCGAUUCGCUUUUCUCUGUAGAACCAGUCAGACGAGAAUGCUACGAUUCCCUCGUUAAGCUGAUAGACGAUUUCGAACGUAAUCUGAAGAUGAUCGAGAAGAUGGGGAUAGACAUUGAGGGUUGGAGCAUCCUACUGGCUCACAUGGUUUGUUCGCGUCUCGACUCGUCCACGUUGAAGCAGUGGGAAAAUUGCAACCAGUCCACGGAGGCACCCGAGUACAAUAAUCUAAUCGAGUUUCUACGACGUCAUAGCACAGUUUUGCAAUCGAUCGCGCCAGGAAAAUCUCGUACCACCGAUCCUUCACGGUCGGAGCCCAUCCGGCCACAGAAGUCAAGGUUCAGUACCAUACAUUCCGUUACCAGUUCAGCACCAAGGCCCUGUCCAUUCUGUAAGCAGUCGGCUCAUUCGCCAUUCAAAUGUGAAGCUUUUAGAAAUUCGCCAAUCCAACAAAGGUACGAGUUAGUGAAGAGAAAGGCACUAUGUAUUAAUUGCCUCUCACCAGAUCACCAAAUCAAGAACUGUUCAUCCAGUGCGUGUCGUGUUUGUGGACAAAAACACCACACUAUGUUACACCAACAAACUAACAAUCGUAGUCCCAAUCUAAGCCAAGCAUCCAAAUCGGCUUCUAGCUCGCUCGUCUCUGAUCAAACUCAGUCCCAUACUCAGAACAAUCGAAACACGACUAAUGUUUCGAAUCAGACUUCCUCGCCAACUGUUCCUACCGACGUUCAAGUCCCAUCAACAUCGUCAUCGCUCAGCCAUUGCUCCACCUCCUUGGUUGCCAAUGUUCGUCAGAUUCCAUCGACUGUCCUACUGCAGACAGCGUUAGUGAAAGUUUUCGAUCCCACUGGAUACUUCUUAUGGGCUAGAGUUCUACUUGAUCCCGCAUCGCAGCUCAACGUUGUUUCUGAACGCUUCGUGCAGCGUUUAACUGUUCGAAAGGUCAAGGACCAUCACGUUAUUGGGGGUAUUGGCAAGGCCACUAUCCUAUCUACACACUCAAUCGUAGCUCGUAUUCAGUCACACUAUACUGAGUUCAGUGCAGAUCUUAAGUUCCAAAUUCUGGAGGAAAUCACUCGCGAACUUCCCAACAACGCCGUUGAUACCUCUGAGUGGGUUUGGCCUACUGACAUUGUUCUUGCUGAUCCUAAAUUCCAUGAACCGGCAUAUGUUGAUAUGAUCAUAGGAAUGGAGAUUUACUACGAUCUUCUCCUCGAAGGACUAAUCCGGUUAGGCCCAGGAAAGCCGGUGUUGCAGCAAACUACCCUGGGUUGGGUAGUGUCCGGAAGAGUAGGAAUCCAGCAAUCUUAUCAAUCGACUCCAAGCCUCGUCAAUGUAUGUAGUACAGAACCGUUGGACGACCAACUAGCAAAGUUUUGGGAGCUAGAAUCUUGCAAGUCUUCGGGCAUCAUGUCCGUCGAAGAAACACUCUGUGAGGCACACUUCGCUGCAACUACGACCAGAGACGCUACCGGUCGGUUCGUUGUAGUUCUCCCAAAGAAGCCAUCCGUUAUGCCACUACUAGGAAACUCAUAUGAAAUUGCCAAACGCCGUUUUCUUUCCCUGGAACGUCGUCUACAAGCCAAUUCACUACUUCGGUCAGCGUAUGCGGCAUUCAUCGACGAGUACCGCAACCUAAAACAUAUGCAAGAAGUAACCGAGUCACAAAUCCUCACGUCCACGUCCUACUAUCUCCCACAUCAUUGCGUCGUGCGUCCUGAUAGUCUCACCACCAAGCUACGUGUUGUAUUUGAUGCAUCGUGUACGACCGACACUGGCAUUUCACUGAACGAUGCAUUGAUGGUGGGUCCGGUGGUGCAGGAAGAUCUUGUCUCAAUAAUAUUGCGUUUUCGGAUGCCCCGGUAUGCCAUUAUUUCGGACGUGGAAAAAAUGUACCGGCAAGUGUUAGUCCAUUCGUCCGAUCAGCCACUCCAGCGAAUUCUAUGGAGAAACGAACCGUCCGAACCAAUACAGAUCUACGAGUUGAUGACAGUGACCUACGGCACCUCAGCUGCACCAUACCUGGCGACGAAAUGUCUGCAACAGCUUUCUAAACUAGGCCAAUCAUCGCAUCCUACUGCUGCACAAGUAAUUGCAAAUGAUUUCUAUAUGGACGACCUGAUCAGUGGCACCGACACAAUCGAAGAAGGAAAGAUUUUAUGCACGGAACUCCUAGAAUUGCUUCAAUCUGCUGGGUUUAGUCUACGAAAAUGGUCGUCCAAUAGCCAAGAAAUCUUGGCACACAUUCCAGCCGAUCGUCAUGAUGAACGCACCGUACUCGACUUGGAUACAUCUCCUACUGUAAAAACCUUAGGGCUGAAGUGGGAGCCUGCUUCCGACAUGUUCGGAUUUCAAGUCCCAACGUGGAAUGAAGGGACCAUUAUCACGAAACGAGUCGCCCUGUCCGAUGCUGCUCGGCUCUACGAUCCUUUAGGACUCGUUGGACCCGUAAUCGUUCUAGCCAAGGUCUUCAUGCAGGAAUUGUGGAGGAACCAAAAAUCGUGGGACGAACCUCUAGAAGAUGAACUCCAACGACGCUGGCUGCAGUUCAGGACGGAACUAGCAGCAUUAGAAGACCUCACUGUUCCCCGAUGGAUUGUUUCUGUGCCGUUUCCGACAGUCAUCGAAAUGCAUGGGUUUUGCGAUGCCUCAGAAAAGGCUUACGGUGCUUGCAUCUACUUACGUACCGUGUCCGCUACUGGCGAUAUCUCCGUUCGACUUUUCACAUCGAAGUCAAAGAUAGCACCUCUUGGUGAUAGUAAGAAGCAGAAAAAGAUUUGCUUACCUCGCUUAGAGCUCUCAUCUGCACUGCUACUCAGCCACCUCUACCAGAAAGUUAAGGAGAGCUUAAAAAUGGAAGUGAAGAGUUUUUUCUGGACCGAUUCGAUGAUCGUGCUGCAUUGGUUAUCAGCAAACCCGUCCCGGUGGAAAACCUUCGUUGCUAACCGGGUCUCUGAGAUCCAACAUAUUACAAACAACGGAAUCUGGGCCCACGUCCCCGGCAUUGAAAACCCCGCAGACGUCAUCUCUCGUGGCAUGUUGCCAAGUCAACUAAAAGAAACUACUGUUUGGUGGGAAGGCCCUCCGUGGCUCAGCCAGACCGAACGCUUCAGACCACCUUUCGUUCGUACAAUCAACGAAAACUUUCCGUCAGAAUAUUUAGAAGAAAAAUCGUUGUCUCUGGCGGUCCAAGUAAAGGAACCCAGCUUCAUUUUUAGUCUACGCUCGUCAUUUAACGCUCUUAUUCGUCUCGUGGCAAAUUUGCUUCGAUUUUACCACAACUGCAUCCCGCAAAAUCGCACAAAUCGGAGGUCUGGUUUUCUGCAAACGAUCGAAAUCAAUGAAGCGAUAAAGGUACUAGUUCGAAUAGCUCAGCAGGAAACUUUCGCAGAAGAUAUAAAAGCCAUAACCGCUACUGGACAACUGAAACCUAGCUCCAGGCUGAAGAUGCUAGCACCGAUCCUCCGAGACAACAUCUUACGGGUUGGUGGCCGGCUCAGACACGCACCCGUUGCUGAAGACCGAAAACAUCCCAUGAUUCUUUCGUCGAACCAUCCGUUUACAGAGUUGGUCGUGGUCCAUUACCACGAGAAACUACUUCAUGCUGGCCCGCAAUUGCUAAUUGCAGCAAUGCGAGAAAGGUUCUGGCCCUUACGAGCACGCAACGCGGCCCGGAAAGCUGUACAUCGAUGUGUGAAAUGCUUUCGCUGCAAACCUACUAUCCUAGAACAACUGAUGGGAGAUUUGCCUGCUGAACGUGUGACUCCAACCUAUCCGUUUUUGAAUACCGGAGUUGACCUUUGUGGGCCCUUCUUCUAUCGCCACAACAACCGAAAAUCACCACCAAUCAAAAGCUACGUUGUUAUCUUUGUGUGUCUCGUAACAAAGGCUGUACAUAUAGAUUUGGUGGCUGACCUUUCUACCAACGCAUUCAUAUCAGCCUUGAAGCGGUUUGUCGCACGCCGUGGCAAACCAGCAGUAAUCGAAUGCGAUAAUGCAAAAAAUUUCGUUGGAGCAUCUCGCGUGCUAGGAGAUCUCUGUAAGCAGUUCAACUCUCAACAACAUCAGCACACUAUCAGCUCCCAUUGUAGCGAAGAAGGCAUCCAGUUCAAAUUUAUCCCUCCGCGAUCCCCAAACUUCGGGGGACUCUGGGAAGCUGCCGUAAAGUCGUUCAAGAAACACAUGAAGGCUUCGAUUGGUACAUCCGUCCUACUCAAAGAUGACCUUGAGACGCUCAUCACACAGAUCGAAAGCUGUCUAAACUCGAGGCCGCUAACCCAACUGUCAUCGGAACCCGAAGAUUUGGAAAUUCUUACGCCGGGUCAUUUCCUUGUUCAUCGUCCCCUUGUGGCCACGGCGGAACCAUCGUAUGAAGCAAUUCCAACAAACCGUCUGGAUCGCUACCAGCAAAACCAGGAGUUUGUACGACGCAUCUGGAAGCGUUGGAGCACCGACUACCUCUCUGGCCUGCUCCCACGUACAAAAUGGACGUUUCAGCGUGACAACAUUACCAUCGGAACGAUGGUGCUUGUGAAGGAGGACAACCUUCCACCCCUCAAAUGGCGUUACGGUCGCAUCACUCAAAUCUACCGUAGCGAUGAUGGAAACGUACGAGUGGUCACGGUGAAGACCAAGGAUGGCGAAUUCCGGCGCGCAAUAUCUAAUAUUUGCGUGCUACCUAUUGAACGCCCAGCAACUACUGGGGGUGAUGAUGUUCUCUCCAAUACCUAG